UUACUUUAUUUGAAUAAAGGGAGAGGCCAUGGGGCAUUCCCCUGGGGUCCCUCAAAUUUUUGGAGGGCGCAGCCUCCCUUUUUAUCCUAAUUCCCGGCCGCUUGUCCCUUCUCUCCCCAUAGGCUGAGGUACUUGAGAGGUACAGACUUCCCGGAACGCCCAAUACCUAAGAUGCCCCUCUCAUGUAUAACCCCCUCUUAACUCUUGUGGAAUUUACGGUGUUUCCACAGCGUCCCUUUCAUCUUUCACUCAAUCAGUGGAAUCCAUCCCAUUGUUUAUCUCUCAGUGACAGUUUCAUCUUAUCGGCAGCCCCACAGCUUGUUUGUAAAGACAAACCUGUCACUCCUCUCACCUUUCGGGCUUGCCCCGUAGUUCGCAAUACAGAGAGGCAGCAUGUGGGACUGGAACGCCGUCACCGCUGCCUUGUGCUUUCCUGCCUUUGAGAAUCUGGAGAAUAAUCCUGACUUUAAACAACUGGAGCUGGUAUCUCGGGCCAAAGUUCCGGGUCCGCAGCGAGUGCCGUAGCCGAGCGCUUUGGCUGUGCAGCCGCUCGUCCUUUCCCGUGUCUCUGCUCCCGCAGCUUUCGAUUUCUCGGGGCAAAGUCUCGGCCGCUCGGGACAUGGAGGGCCGAGCGCCGCGGCCCGGCCGCUCCCGCGGGGCCCGAGGGACGCGGGGCCGGGGCCGAGCUGCGGAGCGGCUGCCCCGGGCCCCCCGGCCCGGCCCGGCCCCGACCCCGCGUCCCGGCGGUCCCGGCCCCGGCGCCGCGGCCCCGGAGGAGCGGCUGCUGCAGGCCCUGGCGGGGCUGAGCCUGCGGCCCCCGCGGGCCGGCGGCGGCGGGAGGCUGGUGCUGCUGAGGGGGCUGCCGGGCGCCGGCAAGAGCACCCUGGCCAGACAGCUGAAACGUGACCACCCUGGUGCUGUAGUCCUUAGUACUGAUGACUUCUUUGUUGAAAAUGGUGUCUACGUCUUUGAGCCUGACUUCCUAGAGGAUGCACACAAGUGGAACCAGAAAAGAGCACGCAAAGCAAUGAAGAAUGGGAAAAGCCCUGUUAUUAUUGAUAAUACCAACAUCCAUGCCUGGGAAAUGAAGCCAUAUGUGAUGAUGGCACAUGAAAAUAGAUACGAAGUUACAUUCCAAGAACCAGAUACACCCUGGAAAUUCAAUGUUCAAGAACUGACAAGAAGAAAUAUUCAUCAUGUCCCUCGGGAAAAGAUACAACGGAUGAAAGAACAAUACGAGCACAAUGUUACUUUCCACAGUGUUCUCCAGUCUGAAAAACCAAGCAGGGAUGAGGGAAGCUACAGUGGAGCAAGUGCAGCUUAUGGCACGGGUCCCCACCCCACCCACCCUUCUGCCUUCCGGAGAAGACCUGGCAUGGCACGUACAAAUGUGACAUUUAACUGAAGUAACAUUUAACUGCAUUCCUUGGUCUUUUAAUUAUCAGGGUACAAGAGUCUCUAGUUUUACAUUUUUUUCUAACCUGUUUUUUAUUCUUGUGUUUUUUAUUUCUUACAAACUUUUAAAUGGCAUUGGACUGUGAUCUCACAGCUCUACACGACCACAGUAAGAGCACCGUACCCACUGUACCCUCUCAUCCCUCUUCCUCCAUGAAAAUCCCUCCAGGCAUGUGAAAUGUACUGGCUCUACCACAUGCUAUAUUUUGGAUGUUUUUUUCUGCCUCACAGUCUGAUGCCAGAAAUUCCUAAUUUAUUUCUGUCUUAACGCCAUUGUGGCCAAUUCUUUCCCCACACAACUGGCAUUUCUUGCUAUUUUAAUGCUUUAUAUCUGACUGUAAAAACUUUUUGUAUCUACCAUCUUGCCUUCAGCAUUAUUGUAACUUUCAGAUACAAAGUGAAUGAUGACCAAAGUAGCUCAACAGAUUGUAGCAAGAUUUGAUGCUGUUCCCUCUCCGUGGACUGGAUUCAUGCUGGUCUUACCUCACACACAAACAGCUUCUCCAGCCUGGAAGCAAAACACUUCAACAGAGCAAACUUAGCUCUUUCUCUUGCCGAGACACAGGAGUUCACUGAUCCCAAGAUGGAGAGGCUCCUAAACUGAAACAUUAGUGUUAGGCUUGUGCAUGUUAACUCCUAAGUGGGAACAGGGCGACAGGAGCAGCUCUGAACAGCUGAAGCAGAAACACAGACCAAGGAGCUAUUUAAUAAUAACUCUGCAUGGCAUUUUGCUGUGAAUCAAAUAAUCACAGCUGUUCUUUAAACCUCUUUUAGUGCUAGAUGGAAAGUCUGAGGAGGAAAGUACAAGAACUGUGCCAGAACAGCAGAGCAGCAUUUCAGAAUUAAAGUGUUCUGUUUGGUGAAAGUAAGAGCUCUUUAUUAUGCCCUGUGCCACUCUGGGCAGCCAAACAACUAUUCUAAUGUUGCAGAGGGUAACAAAACUGAUGGCUUUAGACUAAAACAAAGAUCCUGCUGUUAUAUAAGAACACAGAAUCAAUGUCAUCACAAAAUGUCAUCAAACCUUCAGGCACACUGAUGCUAUUGUACAGUACGUCUCUGUGAGAAGUGUUUGCACACUAAACUUCAAACUAUUUUGCAAAUGAAGUGUUAUUUAAUGAGUCUGCUUGUGUAAUAGAACUUUAUUAAAUACAAUCAAGUUUUAAUGUACAAAGUGUAAAAAUAAU